AUGGAGUACUCCAUAUCCCAUCUAUUUGUUUCGACAUUCUUUCUUUGUUUGCUUUCUCUUCGGGCAAACACUCUCCAAACUUACAUAGUUCAGCUCCACCCACAAGGUGUAACCAGCUCUUCUUUCGCAUCCAAAGCCGAUUGGCAUCUCUCAUUUCUUGGACAAACCAUUUCCUCCGAAAAUGAAGACCCUUCUUCUCGCCUUCUUUACUCUUACCAAUCUGCAAUGGAAGGCUUUGCGGCUCAGCUGUCAGAGUCGGAGCUCGAGUCCUUGAAAAUUCUGCCUGAUGUGGUUGCAAUUAGGCCUGACCGAAUCCAUCAAAUUCACACCACUUACUCUUACAAGUUCUUGGGGCUCAACCCUGCUUCGAAACAAAGUGCUUGGCACAAGUCCUCAUUUGGUCGAGGAACCAUCAUUGGGGUGCUUGAUACUGGAGUUUGGCCUGAGAGUCCAAGCUUCAAUGAUCAUGGAAUGCCGCGGGUUCCCAAGAAAUGGAGGGGGAUUUGCCAACACGGCGUAGACUUCAAUUCCUCAAACUGCAACAGGAAACUCAUUGGUGCCAGGUUCUUCACCAGAGGCCAUCGUGUGGCUUCCAUGCCAAACUCACCUGAUGGUGUUCAAGAGUACGCGUCUCCUCGUGAUACUCACGGGCAUGGUACUCACACAUCAUCAACAGCAGGGGGUGCUUCAGUCGGAAUGGCAAGUGUCUUGGGCAAUGCAGCCGGUGUGGCUCGAGGGAUGGCUCCCGGAGCACAUGUAGCGGUGUACAAAGUCUGCUGGCUCAAUGGUUGUUAUAGCUCUGAUAUCCUUGCUGCAAUGGAUGUUGCAAUUAUAGAUGGAGUAGACAUUCUCUCCCUCUCUCUAGGCGGCUUUCCCAUUCCGCUUUUCGACGACAGCAUUGCCAUUGGAAGUUUCCGAGCAAUGGAGCAUGGAAUUUCAGUUGUAUGUGCAGCAGGAAACAAUGGUCCAAUUGAAAGCUCAGUCGCCAAUGAAGCUCCUUGGAUUGCCACAAUCGGCGCGAGCACAUUAGACCGGAGAUUCCCAGCUAUAGUUCAAAUGGGUAAUGGGAAAGUCCUUUAUGGACAAUCCCUGUACCCAGGAAACCGGCUGAUGAGAAGAACCGAAAAAGAGAAUGAAGUUGUUUAUGUGACUGGUGAAAAUACAGGAAGUGAAUUUUGCUUCAAGGGGUCUCUACCAAGGGCAAAAGUACGAGGCAAGAUAGUGGUUUGUGACCGUGGUGUUAACGGCAGGGCGGAGAAAGGUGAAGUGGUAAAGGAAGCUGGAGGGGCAGGAAUGAUUUUGGCCAAUACAGAGAUAAACCUGGAGGAGGACUCGGUUGAUGUUCAUGUCCUGCCAGCAACUCUGAUUGGCUACAAAGAGUCCAUUCACUUGAAGGCUUACAUAAACUCUACUAGGAGACCAACGGCUAGGAUUGUGUUUCAAGGCACAGUUCUAGGGAAGUCCAGAGCACCAGCAGUAGCUCAGUUCUCAGCUAGAGGACCCAGUUUUUCAAACCCUUCAAUCCUAAAACCUGAUGUGAUUGCUCCAGGAGUCAACAUCAUUGCUGCUUGGCCUCAAAACAUGGGCCCCACCGGCCUUCCUGAAGAUACUAGGAGAGUGAAUUUCACUAUCAUGUCAGGGACUUCAAUGGCAUGCCCUCAUGCCAGUGGAAUAGCUGCACUGGUGCACUCAGCUCAUCCGAAAUGGAGCCCUGCAGCUAUCAAAUCUGCCUUUAUGACAACUGCUGAUGUAACUGAUCAUUCAGGGAAUCCGAUAAUGGAUGGAGGCAAACCAGCAGGAGUUUUCGCAAUUGGAGCUGGACAAGUAAACCCUGUGAGAGCUAUUGAUCCGGGGUUGAUCUAUGACAUCAGGCCGGAGGAGUAUGUCACUCAUUUGUGCACUCUUGGAUACAAGAAAUCGGAUAUCUUAACAAUCACUCACAGGAAUGUUAGCUGCCUGGAAAUUUUGAAGAAGAAUAGGGGUUUCAGCCUCAAUUACCCCUCCAUUUCAAUGACUUUCAAACAUGGCAUGAGAAGUAAAAUGGUCAGACGACGAGUAACAAACGUGGGGAGUCCUCAUUCCACUUACUUGCUGGAAGUAAUGGCACCUAAGGGAGUUAGAGUGAAAGUUAAGCCUCAAAGGUUGGUUUUCACAGGCAUCAACCAGAGCUUGAGUUAUAGGGUAUGGUUUAUAUCAAGGAAGAGAAUCGGAAAAGAUAAGAUGAGCUUUGCACAAGGACAAUUGGCAUGGGUGAGUUCUAACAAUAGUAGCUUUCACAAGGUCAAAAGUCCCAUUUCUGUGACUUGGAAGUAA